CGCCAUUUACCUCGCUGACGUGUCCCACUGCGUGCUAAUGGUCCUCUCGAUCGUGGCCAUUAUCGUGGGAUUCAUACGGGUGCAGAGCUUGAAGUUCAAGGCCGAGGAGCAAAGCGACCUGAACGACAUCCUCCUGCGCGUGUCGGGCUUCGGCCUGUUCGUCUACGCUGUGUUCAGCGUGAUCGCCGGCUCGUUGGCCGCGUUCACCCACGAACCUAACCUCCUCGUCAUGCUUACCGGCCUCCUCUCGGUGGCGCAGGUCAUCCUCCAGAUG